AUGCGCUCGUCUGUCGUGCGUUCUGCCGCCCCAGCCGUUAAUUCGAUCGCCGUUAGAGCCUUCAACAAGUCCAGUCAGCCAUCAUUGAACUUCUUCCAAAAAGAACAAUUGCCUGCCAACACCAUCGUCAGAUUCGUGCCUCAGCAAACGGCAUGGAUUGUCGAGAGAAUGGGUAAGUUCCACCGGAUUUUGGAGCCUGGGUUGGCCAUCUUGAUGCCAUUCAUCGACAAGAUCACCUACGUGCAACUGCUCAAAGAAGCUGCAAUUGAAAUCCCUUCACAAAACGCAAUUACCUCCGAUAAUGUGAGCUUGGAGCUCGAUGGUAUCCUCUACAUCAAGAUCGUGGAUGCCUACAAGGCCAGUUACGGGGUGGAAAACUUCCGGUUUGCCAUUAGCCAGUUGGCCCAGACCACAAUGAGAUCGGAAAUCGGGUCUUUGACCUUGGACUUGUGUCUUAAGGAAAGACAAUUGUUGAACCAAAAUAUCAACAAGGUGAUAAACGAGGCCGCAAGAGACAACUGGGGUGUGGAAUGCUUGAGAUACGAAAUCAGAGACAUCCAUCCACCAAAGAAUGUGUUGGAAGCCAUGCAUAGACAAGUGUCUGCCGAGAGGUCCAAGAGAGCAGAGAUCUUGGAGUCUGAGGGUCAGAGACAAUCCAAGAUCAAUGUCAGUGAGGGUGAAAAGCAAUCGAUCAUCUUGGCCUCGGAAGCCAACAAGUUGGAACAGAUAAAUAGGGCCCAGGGUGAAGCCGAGUCGAUUUUGUUGAAGUCCGAAGCAACAGCCGAGGGUAUCAGAAGAGUUGCCCAAGCCAUCAAGGAGACUCCAGGUGGCGAAAGCGCCGUCAGUUUGCAAGUGGCUCAAGAGUACAUCAAGCAAUUCGGCAAGUUGGCCAAGGAAACCAACAGUAUGAUCAUCCCAUCCAACUUGGGAGACAUCGGCAGUGUGAUGGCGUCUGGUUUAUCCAUCUACAAGAACCUCAACAACGACAAACCCAACUAG